AUGGCGCGUGGCGGGCCGCGUUCUACCCUUCAAGCGGCGUGCCUCACCGCGGUCCUCGCUGGCGUCAUUGCUCUCGCGCUGCUCACAGGAAUCAGCGCGCAGGAUGUGCCCCCGCAGGAGACCCCGGAGCCGCAGGAUGCGCCCGCGGAGGCCCUGGCGCAACCAGACAAGUUCAUACUGACCGACUCGACUUUGGAAAUUGAGAACGCAGACGGCCACGGAGAAGUUUUUCUCCAGGAAGUUCCGUGCCAAGACGUGGAUGCGAGCUGGUUCACGGGGCAAGUGGACGCCAAGAUCACGUGGAACAAGUGGGCCCGUGGUGAAGCCAGACGCCUCUGCAACAACUUCUCCUUCCACUCCAUGCCGAGCUGCCAGGGACGUCCCUACGCGACCAUACUGCGUACUCGGGACCUCGAGAACAGAUACACCAGCACGUGUGUGUCCCUCUCCACCUUCCACCGUGCUCAUGUCCGAUCGUUUUCCCUCUGCUCCCCUCUGCUCCCUUCUGCCCCCCUGUGCUCCUCUGCUCACAUGUGCUCCCCUCUACUCCCCUAUGCUCCUCUGCUCCCUUGUGCUCCCCUCUGCUCCCCUGUGCUCCCCUGCCCGCGCCAUGCCCUCGUUGCUGCUGCUCUCAGGACACUCCCUGCCACCGACUUGCCAGCGUCAGUGAGCUGCGAGGAGGCGCCCUCAGGGCCAGCCAAGUUCAUACAGACUGACUCAACACUGGAAUUCAAGAAUGCAGACGGUCAGGGAGAUGUUUUUCUCCAAGAGAUUCCGUGCCAAGACGUGGAACGGAGCUGGUUCACGGGCCAAGUGAACGCCAAGAUCACGUGA